CUGCAGGGUGAGGAGGGUAGCAGAGAGCAGGAGGGCCAGCCUGCUAUUCCCAGGGGGAUGUAAGGAGGUAUGACAACGGCCCAGGAUCCUAGAUCAUGGCUUUUUCAAUGGAUUCUGGCCACUCCACUGCCACUCCCCAUCAGUGUGUCAUGGCUCAGGUUCAGCUGAGAGCAUCAUGACAGUCUUGUUCACUCUGGGUGCCAGAGGAGUAGCUCAGAUAUCCAAACUCUCACCAGCUAUCCCUUCUGAGAUGCUCCAAGGCAGAAACAACAUCCUCACAGCUGCUCCAGAUCAAAAAGCCCUUUGGGGGUAAUGUCCUGCUUCCAACUCUUCUGUUUUGACUGAGCAAAGGGUACAGCUUCAGUUCCUUGCUCUGCAGCCUUUACUCUUCAGCAUUCUGGGCAGUCCCUGUAACUGGCACUGCCCCUGUGUGCUCUGCAGGGAGCUGUGCUGGCUCCAUCAGCCCUGCAAAUGACAGUGAUCUCCUAGGACACAGCACUGGAGCCUUGGCUCUGUUCUUGGAAGUUGUCAUUGAAACUGUAGGGUUUUGUUUCAGGGUUUAAAUUCAUAGCCAGGGAUCUGUUUGCCACUUGAACUGUUUUAGGACUGCUGUUUACUCUAGGGUCAUCAAGGAAUUGAUGUGCUUAGGAGAGAAGAGCUAUGCUCAAGGCACAAAUUUCUUUAUUCAUUAAUUUUGGUUAAGGAAUGAAAAAGCCACAGAAUUAGGCACUAUAAGCUGUUCAUGUUUCAGUAGAACAAAGUGGUAUUUAAUCUAAAAUAAUCUCCGUACUGCAUGGACAGUAAAAGAUAAGCCAUGCUUCUGAAAUUUGAGAAGAAACAGAAAGAAGAUUGCUAUUCUUAGCCUGAUAGCACUGAAAAUGUUUCCUAGAAGAGAAAAUGUUCCUUUUUCCUAAGAAACGAAGCUGAUACAUGCUCAAACCUAUUACCAUGGGAAAUUCAAAUCCCUUGCUGGAAAACAUGGAAAAAUUCUAACUGUUCUCUUCAGCUUCCUUGUUGGUUAUAAAAAUACAGAAAUCCAGAGAACUAAUCCUAAUCUUCCAAACCUAGCCACUUAAAAAAAAAAAUAAUUAUCUAUGUUGCUGCACUCUUCAUUAGAGUACCUGUUGCCCAUUGCUUCUGUAACAAUGGUGUGGAAACAUCUUUCCAAACAGACAAGGAGUAAAGGAGUCUGGUCUAAUUUGCACAUGGCAAAGUUUCCAAGGUGAGGUGGGGGAAGACACAGAGCAGGGGGUGGGACAGAAUGUUUAUCAGCUCUGCUGACAAAGACACAUCGAGAUUCAGCAGCUGGGGGGGGUUGGUUGGUUGGUUGAACUGGAAAACGCUCCUGCUCCCAAGCUGUGAGAGUAAUUACACACUGCCACAGCACAACAGGCUGGGCGGGAUAUCCUACACCUUCAAAUGAGCCCUUUGACAAAACAUCAAUGCAAAGGCUGUUCUGUGACUCCCUGGAGCCCUCCCACCAGCCCUGGGGUAAUUCAUUUCCACAAACAGAACUGAUCCCCUCAACCUGUUGGGAUGGGUGCGAAGCCAGCUGCCUGCUGUGCCCUUCCUGUUAUUCUGGGACAGGAGUCAGACUUGGGGCCGAGCCCACGCUGGGAUGGCUCUGCCCAAGGUCACCACCAGCCCUCGCUGUGUGUGGCUCGUUGAUGCCUGCCAUGCUUCAUCUGGAGAGGAACUGGGGGCAAAGCACACCGGUGAGCACACGGAUCACUCACCCAGCUGGGUCCAGGCUUGUUUUUCAGACGGAGCCAUGGCUUGGGAAAAGGCUGGGGCUUCUUGGCAUUGGAAACAGAAGUCUUUUGUUUAUAGACCAAGCAAUAGCAGCAUCAUCUUUCCUCAGACUGACCUGCCAGCACAUCUCUGUCUUCUGCCACCUUUAGGGCACAGUGGAGUGCAGGCUGCACAGCACAUUCAGUUUUCCAUCUCUUGGAGAAGGCUACCAACAAAAAUACCAAGGAGUGCCAGCUGCAUCACCACUGACAAGCUUAAAAAAGCAAACAUGGACAGUGAUUAUGUCACUGCAGAAGAGAACUGUGCUGCUGGAGCCAGGAAGCUGGCUACAAAGGUCAGAAUUACACUCCUCAACAUCCCCCGAAAUCAUCAUUUUACUUCUACUCACCCUAGCAACCACAGAUUAAGGAAUACAUCCAUGGAACUCCCUGCAGAGCACCGCAGUACUGGAGCAGCCACACCUGCAGGAGGAAUCCACAACACUACCCACUGGCAAACACAAGUGAAACACCAUUCUGCUCCCAGGCAUGCCCUUACUCCACCUGCUUCUACAGAGAUUUGCCUUAACUACUGUUCAAAAUCAGUGGCACUGACAUAACAUCAUGAUUGUGUAGCAAAACCUAUCAUCCAAUCAGCUUGGAUGAUUGCAAAUAUCCUGCAAAACAUCUACUUUGAAUAAAAACAUGGAUGUUAAAUACAAAGUUUUUCUCCACACCAGCCUAGUGAAGGCACUGCAGAAGACAGUAUGAUGUCUGAAAUACAUAAUGUCCUCACAAAGCAGCACUGCAUUCCCUGCUUUAACCUCAUGGGCAUAAGCUGAAAUUCCAGAGUACUAAACAGAAGAGCAAGUAGCUCUCUGUAUGUAUAAACCAUGAUCUGCAUGUUUAUACAAGCACACAGCCCAGUCCCAGAUGGGCCCUCUGUGUACAUAACAGUUACCUGCUUUGGUUUUGCUUUUAAAAUUUUGGUGCUAACUUGGGUCUGACCAAGCCAAAUCAAUCCUGUCUGUUCAGGUUUCAAGGCCCUUGACUAUCUUCUCAUGUUUUUCCUCUCAUUAGCUACUUGCUCUUUGUUGGGAGCUUGAGGCUGGUAGAGCCUUGAUCAAGUAAGUUGUGAUCACAGUAAAUUCACAAGUGGCUGCAGUUUGAACACUUAAAAGUAAAGCCAUUAAUUGUCUUGAAAAGC